AGUUUUUGUCGUUUGGUUGUGUUUGAAAAACACAUCUUGGAUUAGAAGGACGGAAGGAAAUCUGAUACUUUCUGACAAUAACUUAAACGUUACUAAGCCAUAGAUUUAGUAUAUAGUACCAAUAUUGGUUGUCUUACGUUGAGAAAUGAGAUAUAAGAAAAUUAUCUACGGCGAGUGCCGAAAAUGCCAAAAGCACAUGAUAUUAUACUCUUCCAGUACCUGCCACAGUUGCCACAAAAAAGAACUUCAAUCAUUAAAAAGACAGGUUACAAAUGGUAAAGGCUGUUGCAUCCAUACACUUUUAAAGCAGUUUGAACAUGUUCAUUGCAAUUGUGAGCAGAAGAGGCGAUUUACAAAACCAACUUCAGACGUCCAAGUGGGCAAUAAAAAUAGUGAGGAAAAUAUCUACGUUAAUCAUUUCGUUAAACCUUUUAGUUUGUUUUCAAGUUCAGAUAAUAAUAAAGAUGUCUUUGAAACGAAGGAGUCAUUAUUUGAGUAUAGAAAACCAAUGAAUUUGUUUGAAAACGCUUCACGUUUAUCGGCUAACAUACAAAAAAAACCCUUCGAUCCAGUUUUAGCAUUAGUUAUAGUACAGAAAGCAGACCAAAUGUUCAGUAACAUCAAAGUAAAAAUAGGAAAGCUGCAACCAAGUUUGAAAGUUUAUGAUGCAGCAAACAAUGACAAGCUUCAACAAUUAUUGAUGAUUACGUUUCUUGUACAGAAAAUCCUGGACGAUCUUUUGAACUCAGCACUAAAUGACAGUACACUAACUAAUACUCGUAAUGAUACGCAAGCCACGGAAGUGAUUUUUCAACUUUCACGAUUAGUUGCAACGUCUACAGAAGUUAUUAAUAGUUUUGGAACUGUUGUUAUUAGCCAAGUUAAUAGUUUCCAAAUUGCAAACAAUAAUGAAUGCGACACACUUUUCAAUGAUGUUUGUAAUAUUCUCAGUACUGAACAGGCUUUAUUUGAUUUCGGCGAUCUCUUAACGGAUAUACUAACCAAUGGAGCGGAAUCUCAAGACUUAUUAACAACUGAAAUAAGUUCCACGCCAUCCGCUACUUUGCUAUACAAAAACUUGGUGGGUGAUACAGGAUAUCAAAAUGAGAGUCCAUUUGCUUUUAAACAAACUACGAAACCAGUGAAUAUAUCUUCAUUUGUUAAUGAAAACGAAAUGUUCGUCUUUUCAGAAAAAACCACGAGCGAUGAUGAUUUUGAUAAAAAAAUUGAUGGGAAUGAGGUAAAGAUUUGGGAAGCAGAUGAGAAAACAUCAGUAACGGAAAUGAUUGUGGGACCAAUAGUUCUACAACUGGUAAAUUCUGCAUGUUUGGAAUGAAAACUAUGAUCGUCUGAGAUUAUUCUCAAACAAAUUUUUAAAUAAACAUUUGUGAUAUUUUUUCAAUAUUUGUGAUUAAUUGUAAAAAGAAUUUGUUAAGAAUUUAGUUAUGUCCUUUGUUCUGAUGAGCUGACAAUUUAAAUUUAUUUCAAUAAUUGUUUAGUUUUUACGAAAAUGUCAAGAGUUUUAUU